CUCGGUUAAGAAUGGAGGAGGAGGCACGCAAGCUUUUCGAGGAAGGAAUAAGAAAGAAAUUGAUCAGUCCUGGUAAAGGAGAGCUAUCGACCUUUCCCAAUGGAACCAAGGUGGUUUUCCAUUACCGCACCAGCCUGUUGGAUGGCACAGUGCUGGAUGACUCCAGAACCAUGGGUGGCCACAGCAAACCCAUGGAGCUCAUCUUGGGCAAGAAGUUUAAACUAGCUGCGUGGGAGAGGGUGGUCACCACCAUGAAACAAGGCGAAGUUGCAGAAUUUGCCUGUGACACUAAGCACACAGCACUGUACCCGCUCGUGUCUCAGUCCCUGAGAAACAUCAGUGCCGGUAAAGACCCCCUGGAAGGACAGAGGCAUUGCUGCGGCAUCGCCCAGAUCCACUCCCACCACUCUCUAGGACACAAGGACCUGGAUCAGCUUCAGGCCAGUCCACAGCCUCUUGUGUUUACCAUCGAGCUGCUGGAGGUUUUGCCUCCAGGAUCCUUCCAGCUCGAUGUGUGGGCUAUGACCGACGAAGAGAAACUCCAGCUCGUGCCUCAGAUCCACGAGGAAGGCAACGUGCUUUUCAAGCAGGGUCAAAUUCAGGAAGCCACAGAGAAAUAUUACAAUGGCAUCGCCUGCCUCAAAAAUCUACAGAUGAAGGAGCACCCUGGAGAUGAAGCAUGGGUGAAGUUGGACCAUAUGGUCACACCACUGCUCCUCAACUACUGCCAGUGCAAGCUGCUCCAGGGCCAGUACUACGAAGUCAUCGAACACUGCUCGUCCCUAGUCUUCAAGUAUGAAGACAACGUGAAGGCCUUCUACAAGCGGGCUAAGGCCCACGCUGCAGUGUGGAAUGAGGUCGAGGCACGGGCGGACUUCAACAAGGUGUUGGAACUGGACCCCUCUCUGGGACCGUCUGUUGCCAAGGAGCUGAAGGCCAUGGAGGAGAGGAUCCGCAUCAAAGAGAAGGAGGAAAAGGGUCGUUACAAAGGCCUUUUCAACUACAAUGCACCACCAGCCACUGCCACUACGGGUUGAAUCUCACAGCGGUUCGGAAUAAGAGGAUGCCUGUGAAUUUCAAGAUGGAGGAGAAACAGUAGAUGCUGCUGGUGUUGUAGUUUUUUAUCCUGCCACCCUCUGCCCUCUAUGGUACCCGCACACACACACACACACACACACACACACACACACACACACACACACACACACACACACACACACACUCACACUCACACUGUCAGCUCCAACACACAAAGUCACAUAUAUAUAACUGAGGUGUGACUCAUUCCUGCCUCCUCUAAACUCCCUCUCUCUAAAGGUCAGUCUCACUCUUUGAUUAGGACAUGCUGCUGACAUUAUCGGCUUGACUUUAAUGAAAGUGUAAGAUCCCACAGAAACCAUCCUGUAAGGUAUGUAUCGGCCAACGGCAUCAAUAUCUCAUGGUUUUCGAUCUUAGGAAACUCAUAGCUUGUUGGUCAAUUACUUGCUCACAGUAAUGAGCUACGUUACCUUUAGCAACAUUUCUCACAGGAUUUGUUGCAGAGAGAUUUUGCUUCUUUUUUUUGAUUUAAUGAUGAAUUCAUCAGCUGUUGGUGGAAAGUCAUUGUAUGGCAACCUAUAUAACAAACAGCAAGUCGCCACAGUAUUAGAAACAUGUAGCCUCAGCAGUUUAUGUUGUCUUGCUUUCUGUAAAAUAUACAGAACUGUUGGAUAAUCCUUAAAUUAUUUGGCCCAAUGCAUUCCAGAUAGAAAUGCUCUCCUCUCUGAAAACCAAGGAAUACUUUUUUUUUUUUGCACAAUGGGACAUAAUGUACUCGUAUACACACCUCUGCCUUGCACCACAAGAGCCCCCCUUCUACCUUGGUCACAGCGGAAGCACUGGAAUAAGCAGGAGUCCAUUAUCUCCUGGUAGAUGCGACUGGGAAACCGAGCCGUCUGUGACAAUCAUUAGAAAACACACAUGGACUUGUGUUAUAUUUGCUUUCUCCUAUGUACUUAUUUCACAUAUGUAAGAAAUACAACAUUAUGUUGUUUUUGUCAAGCGAUGUACUCAGCAAAGCCCUCACGAUCUCCUUCACCUCGCUUAGUAAGAGCCACUCAUCACUCUUCAUGUGAAGCAGCAGGUCAUUAACCUGCCUGAAGUGAGAUGCUGUUGAGGUUGUGAUUAUGUAACUGAAAAUAAAUGUGUGUAUAUCCUC